AUGGAAAUAUCGAUAUUUUACAGUGAUAGUGAUGACAGUGAUUUGGAGGUGCUGGCUCAAUUAUCCGAUUGGGAUACUGAUAGCGAAUCUGAAGAUAGACACCGCGCUUCUUCACGAAAAAUUAGAAGGUUGAACUACAUGCAGAGUCUGGAUGAUGCCGAGUUCAUGUUUAGGUUUAGGUUAUCCAAACCUGCUUUCAAUUCGCUAUUAAUAAAAUUGAUGCCGUUUAUUCGUGUAACCUCCACAAGGAACAAUGGGGUUUCGCCACUUCAUCAACUUUUAUUGACAUUACGAUUUUAUGCGUUAGGCACGAUGUUAAUUUCUGUAGCGGACUUUGUUGGAGUAUCAAUAUCCACAGCAGGGAGAAUAGUUCGUGAUAUAUCAUCAGCAAUUGCGAACUUAUAUGAUGAAUACGUUGUAAUACACCAACAAAGUGCUGAAAAAUUCUACCAUAUUGCAGGAUUUCCUAGAGUUUUAGCUGCAAUUGAUUGCACUCAUAUACGAAUCCAAUCGCCAUGUCAUGUAAUUGGUGAAGAGUUUAGGAAUCGUAAAGGUUACUUUUCCUUAAAUGUCCAGGCAAUCUGUGAUGCUGAUUUAAAAUUCAUGAAUGUGAUUGCCCGUUGGCCAGGCUCGACACAUGAUGCCACAAUAUUUAACAACUCAAUUCUCAGAGCUCAAUGUGAUGCAGGUCUGUUUGGUAACCGUUGGAUGCUUGGUGACAGUGCUUACCCAAACAGGCCAUAUUUACUAACACCUCUUAUAAAUCCUGUUACUGAAGCUGAACAGCGCUAUAAUGAAGCACACAUAAAGACUAGGAAUAUUAUUGAAAGAACGUUUGGUGUCUGGAAGCGUCGCUUCCCUGUUGUGGCAUUAACACUGCGUUUAUCAUUGCCUAAGGUUCAGGCAAUAAUAAUUGCUACCGCAGUGUUGCAUAAUAUUUGUAGGAACCACAACUUAGAGGAAGUUCCUUCAGAAGUGGAGCUGCCAAUAGUGGAAAUAAAUGAAGAUAUGUACUUUUCGGAAGUUCAAGAUGUCAGUGAAAGAGCAGCACUUGUAAAUAAUUUUUUUAGAUAA